AAGCCAUUCACUGCUCGGAUGGGCCAGGAAAAGUAUUGAUGACAAGUAUUGCCUCAAUUCCGAUGGAGGCAGCCGGGCUUGUCGUCUCCAGCCCAGCCGCUCGAGGGGCUUCGCGGGCCCUCUCCGGGCCAUGCGCGGGCUUGGUUGCCUGUGGCCUCGGCGGCGUCUGGGGGCUUCAAGCCGAGGGCCGGCGCGGCUUCGCGCCAAGGUGCCGUAGGCUGAAUGGUGUACGGGUUGAUGAUCCACUCUGUGGAUUCGAGCCAGACCCUGCACUUUUCAAUUUUCUACACGCCCGAAGGCAAUGAUGGGCACAAGAAGACGCGCCAGCAGACGAUCAUGCGUCGCAUUUUGGAGGAGCAUCUAUUCCAGACCCACUCUGGUGAGCAGGCCGGCCUGACGAAGUCAAAGGCGUCCUCCUCGCUGGACGAUGCCGACUGGCUCUUCCGCUUUGCGUCGGCGGGGCACGGGUGGGCCGCGGGCGAGCGCCGUGGACGACGGGGGAGAAGGGGCGCGUCGUUGCCGCACUUCUGCGCCGCCGGCCGCAUCGGCUCGUGGCCUGCGAGGUGUGCGUGCGCACUGGACUCCAAAUCCUCGGCCCAGCCUGGGUUGGACUACACGGAGGGGAUCCUCAGGCUGCAGGCUUCGGUGCUGUUCGAGGAGGGGCCUGCCUUGGCACGAGGAGGGUGGCGAGUCUUCGUGUACCCCAAGCUGGUUGUCUGGAAGCAGGUGGACAAGGUCGUGUACACUCUGGUCUGCGAGCCCCUGGACAACCCGCUGCUGGCGUCGAACUUCCUGACGCUGUUCGUUCAUGAGCUUAACGACCACUUCCGCAAGGGCGGAGGCGUAAUAGAGGAGAAAGCAGGAGAAAGACAAGGACAUGACGGAUGAGGCGAAGAAGGAGGCCUCGCCUUCGGCGGGGGCCCGUCGCCGCGCCUAGGCGCGGCUCGGACAUCCAAGGUGCACGUUUCCUUGGCUCCCCGCACGGACACCUCAAGACCCUGAUCGCGGGCGUCCUUUCCCAGAAGGCAUGAGCCUCGUGGCAGGCGGAACUGUGCUGUCCCCGCGUGCUCCGACUGUCAUUUUCCAGCCUUUUUUCCCCUCUCUUUCUCUCUCGUUCUCUCUCUCUCUCUCUCUCUUUGUUGUCUCUCUCUCUCUCUAUCCCUCCAUUUCUCUCUCUCUCUCUCUCUCGC